ACUGCUGAAGACCCUGCAGCCUCCGAACAGCAGUGGGCGCUAGUGAGGUCUUUGGUUGUGAAACAUCCGCUCAGUUGUAGUUUGCUGCUUUGUUUUGAAUUAGUAGCUGCUUCUCAGCUGAUUUACACAGAAUGGCAGAGGAUGCCGGUGGUUCUUCGCGGUCGGAGAGAAAAGCUCUGGAAAAAGCUAUACUGCAACGAGAAAGGGAGAGGAAGAUCUUCAGACAGGUUGGUCAGGUCCUGAAGAAACCAGAGGCAGAGCGGUCCGAGGAGGAGGCCGCGGUGCUGCAGCUGCACAGGGACACCGUGGACGAGCUGUGCAGGAGACAGAUCCGCAGAAAUAUCCUGAAGAGGAAGCAGGAGGAGGUUUUUGAUGAUACUGAUGAGUUGAAAAGCAAAGUCAGGCAGCUAGCUGUAGCAGUCAAACAAGCUAAAAACUUGGUGGUUUACACUGGAGCUGGUAUCAGUACGGCAGCAUCUAUCCCUGACUACAGAGGUCCUAAUGGGGUGUGGACACAGCUACAGAAGGGACAUACAAUCAGUUCAUCUGACCUGAGUUAAAGCAGAGCCGACGUUCCGCACAUGUGCAUAAGGAUGCUGCAUAAGGAAAACAUGGUCAACAUGUUGUUUCUCAAACUGUUGAUGGGACUUCACUUACGUAGUGGUCUUCCGAGACAUGCCUAUCUGAACUCCAUGGAAAACAUGUUUAUUGAGGUGUGCACAAUCUGUUCACCAGUCAGGGAGUACGUACGUUUAUUUGACGUGACGGAGCGGACGUCACUGCAUCGCCAUGGGACAGGCCGCAAAUGCAGCCACUGUAGCAGUGAACUCAGGGACACCAUAGUGCACUUUGGGGAACGUGGGACUCUUGAACAGCCUCUUAACUGGAGAGGGGCUGCAGAGGCUGCCAAGAUGGCAGAUGUUAUCAUCUGCUUGGGCUCUAGUCUGAAGGUGCUGAAAAAAUAUGCCUGUCUAUGGUCCAUGAACAGGCCAGCAGCCAAGAGGCCUAAACUCUACAUCGUCAACCUCCAGUGGACACCAAAGGAUGAUCUAGCUGUGCUGAAAAUUAAUGGCAAGUGUGAUGAUGUUAUGGAGCUUCUCAUGGAGGAGCUGAAUAUUCAGAUUCCCUCGUACGAUAGGACAGAGGAUCCCAUCUUCAGCAUCGCCACUCCUCUGCAGCCAGAAGAAGUCAACAGUCAUUCCCGUGAGGUCAUCUCUCCCCCUUCUGGGCAGGAGGUCUCCGCGGCUGAUCCUGGGGGUCAAACAGAAGCCACAGUCGUGCAGGGAGGCUGGUUUGGACGUGGCUAUGGAAAGGAAGAAUUAAAGGAAAAAAGCCGCGUAGUCAAGAGAGCCUGAUAGACUUAAGUUGAUAUUGUGUUAAGCUAUGUUGCAAGCUGCCAGUGAUGAUCCCAGUGAGGAUUUCACUGUUUCCACAGUGAAGACGAGUUGGACUUUAGGUGCUAUUGAAGGUUUUUUUUGUUAUAAUUACAUGCAGUGGUGUGUCUGAAGAGGAAAUAAGUUGCCAUAUGAGAAUGGAAUGUACCAUAUUAUUUGAUACAACAUUCAGCAAAAUCUAAAAGUGGCUGUUGAUAAGCCACUGUGGUUUCAGUAUCAGCUUUUCCUUAUGCUGAUACAUUCAUAAUAAGGCAGCCAGAGCUGAAGUUUGCUGAGUGUGGAUCAUAUAACCAGUACAGUCAGUCAGACAAAGUUUAAAAGGUUUAUUGACUUCAAAACCAUGACCUGUAGCCUGUGCAGCUCAGUGUGGUCUCAAGUAUCUCACACUCCAUAGGCUUUAAAAGUGGCUGGUAAAAGUUUCCUUCUCCUACUUCAUCACUUUUAAGUUUAGCUUUAGUGCAGACAGUCAUCAUGAUUUACAGUCAUUGUUCAGACUGGAAAAAAGGAAACUUGCACAAAGAAAAAUUGUAAAGUGCUCCUACAGCUUCUCCAUUGUCUGUUUUUCAUUUGUGUGCUCAAUCUGUCAGUAACACUGAUAUUUUCAGCAACAUGAAACAUUUUUCCAGCCACAUCUGAAGCUUAGGUAAAUGGGACACAGACGUAUUCAUUGUGUAUUAGAUUAUUUUUGUUACCAAAUCAGUAGAAGGUGCAUUACACAAGUUAAGUGAAUGUGUAUCAUGCCACUGAAAGUAGCCACUGAAAUAUUAUGGUUUAAUACUGAAUAUUGUCAUGUAAAGUAGCUGAGUGACAUGACACUUAAAUGUACAGAAAAAAGCAGUAUGGAAACACAUUUUGUAUAAGCUGCUGCAGUUUUUAAUCUAUGAGAUUUAUAAAGAGGUCACUUUCUAAUUAUUUUUGUAGCCUUGUUUCAUACAUUUAAAACAUGCAUUGCUGAAUGUUCAUUUUUCAACAUGGCCUGUUUAUGUUGAUGUUUAUUUUAAAAGGUACUUGAGUUGUGUCCUGUACUCGCUGCUGACCUUCACUCUGCUGUCACCAACCCUCAGGUUCGCAGCACUGUGGUUGUUACUUGAUGUGCAGCUAUAACCUUGAUCCACUGAAUUUGUUUACAUUUUGAUCUCGACUAUUCAAGACAAUGCCGAGACCUGGGUGCUCUCAAUCCUUCAUACAGGAGAGCUUAUUUUAAAUUUUAACCUGUAUUUUGACUUGCAGUUUUGUUUAUUGUAUGCUAAGUUGUGUUAGUUAGACAAUGACCAAAUAGUUUCUUUUUUUUUUUCUCAGGAAGAUUCAGUAUUAAUAUUCACAUUCUGUCUGUAACGUGUCAGGGGUUAUGUAAGUCUACUCAUAGUGAGCCAGCAUUUCUAAAAAAAAAAAAAAAAGGAUCAUCAGUACUGAAAGUGGAUGUGGAUUAAUUGAUUCCCUCUGUAUUUUGAAAAAAAAAAAAAAAGAUGCUGUGACAAUAAAAUGGUCCCUACAUCU